CCGCGGCCGCCGGUGUCGCAGAGAGUCGCGCCGCAACCUGCGGGCGGGGGAGCGGGCGCCGGGCACCGCGGCCGGAAGCUGGAGCGGAGGCUGCGGCCGGGAUGGCGCACCAGGUGCCCAUCGCCUUCCAGGACCUGGCCGUGCGGUUCUCUGAGGAGGAGUGGCAGCUCCUCGGGGAGAGGCAGAGGGAACUCUACAGGGAUGUGAUGCAGGAGAACUACCAGGCGCUGGUCUCCCUGGGAACAGCUGACCUGCUCCCCCUCUCUGCCUUCCUGUCUCCUGCGGAGCCUGGAGGAGCCAUGAGCAGGAGCAAAGCUGGCGAGGAACAGGAGCCUCCUAAGGGAGGUGCCGUAGCAGGAGGAGCACCCCAGCACAGCCUGCACCUCACCGCCCUGGUGCAGCUGGUGAAGGAGAUUCCGGGGUUCCUGUUUGGGGAAAUUGGCCCUGAGAGUGGGAGAGCCGGCCUGGAUGGGGAACAGGUGAACCCCGAAGCAGCUGUGACGGUGGCAACUUGCCCUCUCCAAGGCCUGCUCAACUGCCUUCCAGACACGCCCGUCCACCAGCCCAGCGGUAGCUCAUCGUCCAGCAGUUCACCCGGAGCCAGGAGGCAGGGAAGCCCCCUCCCCAUCAAAACUGCAGACACACAGGGGCCUACGGAGAAAGAAGGCCCUGGAGCCCCAGACGGGAAGUGCAGUCCUCUCACCUGUAGCCCCAGCAGAAGGAAGAGCCACAGAAAACAGCAGAGAGGGACUUCAGGAGCAGGUGGGGGAUCUCAGAUGCCCUGUCAUCUCACAGCUGCCACCAUCAGGGCUGCACUGACCUUGGCCGAUCUUUCAGGUCCCACAGGAACCUCUCCUGGGAGCAGCCCCUUGCAAGGUCUCAUCAACUGCCUGAAGGAAAUCCUUGUCCCUGGGCCCCAGCACCCGGAGGCAUCCUCGAGCUUACCGCCUCCUGUCCCAGGCCUGGGCAUGUCACGGCUAACCCGGGUGGAGCUGCGACCUGGGAGCCCACCCUGGGGAGUGAAAACAGAGGCAGCGUCUGGGGAUUGUCCCCUCCAGGGGCUGCUGAACUGCCUGAAGGAGAUCCCAAUGGCCCAGGACACGCACCCCAGCCCUUCAGGAGCAGGGAAACCACGGCUGCAGGAGGAUCCGGGGGCCUGGAAAAGGAAUUCUGGAGGGCCCAGAUCCCUCCAGACUCUUCCUUCCUGCUCCGGUGCUGGCACUGGCCAUGUGCUCUCUGUGAAGAUGGAGGAUGGCUGGGCCCAGAGCCCCCCAGUGCCUGCAUCCUGUCAGCUCCGCAAGCAGACCCACAGACCCUCUGCCACCAGCAGUCCCGGGGGUGAUGGAGACACCAGUGGGGACCAAGUGCUCAGAUGGGGCCCCACAGCGCAAGCCAGCAGUGCCUCGAGCUCACCUCUGGAAGCCCUGGAGGCCUGUCUGAAGGGCAUUCCCCUGAGUGGGUCGUUACCUCCCCAGCCGCCGCCGGCCACCUCUUGGUUCCAGAGCUCCCAUCCAGGAGACCCCGGGUCUCAGAGGCCUGAGCUGAACCCCCGAGGAUCACACAGUCAAGGACUGACUGUGGGGCCUCUUCCGGCUCUGGGCCUGCAGGGCUUUGUCAGAGAUGGCCCUGUCCUCGCCCCAGGUCCCCACAGCACCCCCACCAGCUUCUCCUCAUCCAGCAGUACUGAUGGGGACCUGGAUUUCCAGAUCUCUGAGGGCAGCCAGGGACGUAGGCCUGAAAAAGGAAUUCCAGUCCGUAGUGCCCCACUCCAGGGCCUGGAGAAUUGUCUCAGGGAGAUAUCUGUGCCCAGGUCACAGCCUACCUGGUCCUGGUCCUCGGCAGGGGACAGAGAACCACAGAGAGUGGAGCCCAAGAACUGGAUGGCAGACAAGGAAGGACUGAGGAGAGAGGUGUGUGAACCAGUCCAUCUCAGGGGGGACGUGUCCACCAGGAGCCUGCGGCCAGCCAGCCCACAGGCACUCACCUCUAGCAGUGUCCCCGCCUGCUGCCAGCGAGGGCUCAAAGACCACGUGGCCACCAGGACAGGACCAUGGAGGUGGCUCCAGGAUGGGGCAGCCACCACGCCCUCCCCACUUCACUGCCUGGAGAACUCUCUGAAGGGGAUCUUGCCUGGGAGGCCCCUGCGCUUCACAUGCUUGGCCCUCCCCGGCCCCAGCCCGAGCCCCAGCCCUGGCCCCGGCACCGUCACUGGCUCCAGCUCCAGCUCCAGCCUCAGCAGCUCAGAAGGGGAAGACCCAAGGCUGGAGCCUGAGCUCUGGCAGCCACUCCUACAGGAGAGGGACCCUCUUCCCAGCAGCAAGAGACCUGGCCCUCCGACCCCAAGCCCUGGUGAAGGUCCAAGGAGAACAGAGCCCAGGGACCACUUCAGUCUCAGGACAGCAGGAAAAGCAGAGGAGAAGACGGGAGGCAGGUCCCAGGCUCCCCGGACAGAAGUGUGCUUGGAGACCCCAGGCCGGCCUAGCCCCCUGGGCAGCACCCAAGGAGGGGCAGCUGGGAGUAUCUGCCCUGCCCCUCAGCCAGAGAAAAGGCCCAGGCCGGGGCCCUGCCAGCCUCCUGGGUCACCCGCUCGGCCCCUGUCCUGGAAGCUCAGGGUUAGUGAAGAAUCCAGGGAUCCGGUGCCUGGACACAGAGGACCAAGUGUUGCAGCCAAGACCGAAGGGAGACCACUUACCAGAGGCCUGCCUGAACCGCCCCCCAUGGCCACCGUCCCUCCUGCUUUGCCACCUGCCUCCCCACGGCCACCGUGUCCCUGCGGAAGUUCUCUGCAGCAGGAGCUCCACAGCCUCAGCGCCACCCUCUCAGAGAAGCUGGAUCAGCUCGCCUCGGCCCUGGCAGGCCUGUCUCAGGAAGUGGCCACCAUGAGGACCCAAGUGCAUCGGCUAGGGAGGUGCCCUAGGGGCCCUUGGCCAAAGGGCCAGGCUUCCUGGCCGUGGGCCCUCCCCCGGGGACCUCACUGGGCUCAUGGCCCUGCUCGCAGACACCUGCCCUACUGGAGACAGAAGGGCCAUACCAGGCCAAAACCAAAGAUCCUGCAUGGCCAGGCGGAAGGCUGCAGGGCUGGCGAGGCCUCAGGCCUCUCCCUUGGGACACGCCACCUGGUGCCUCAGCUGCCUCCAGGGCCCCCCCAGGCAGAACCUUCUGGAACCAGCUCCAGCCCUUCCCAGCACCCACCACCCUCAGCAUGCAGCCGUGCUGUGCUCACUGUGCAUCCCCUGCUUGGACACAUUGGGGGCCCCCAGACUCCCCCUGCCCCUUCAGUGCCUGCUGCCUUCCCCCCGCAGAUGGCCUCUCCAGCCACCAGUGCAGAUGCAGAGCCACCAGCUGCAGCAGCUGCUCCAACUGGGCCCCGAAACUGGCCCAAGGACCCAAACAGCCUAUUGGUGGGAGUCCAGAGAGGCUUUGAGGAGGAACUCUGGGAUGGUAGAGAACAUAGGGACCCGAGAUGGGAGGCCUCUAACCACCUUCAUCAGCUCCGCCCUGAGGAUGCCCUGCCCCUGGCUGCCUCUCCUAGGGGCCAGUCCGCCCCUGCACAUCUUUCAAACCAAACUUUCCCCAUCUCUGGGCUGUGAAGAGCUAGGCAUCUCUCUUGGCCUGACUGCCCCAGACUCCAGCAUGUGUUUGCUCUGGGGGGGCACUGCUUGGGAUGCAUCCUCAGCCACGCCUCUGUCCUCCUUGGCUCAGGUUCAUUCAGAUGUUGCUCCCUCCUGUCUUUGCCAUCAUAACUGCCACAACUCAUAGGCAGAUGGUGGCGUACACACCUGUGCACAGCACGUGUGCUUGGGGUGCUCCAAAUGGCUGCAGAGGGGCUAGGAGAGCCCUUCUCCCUAACACCUGUCCUUCCUGCUCUCAGCGCUGGGAAAGCAGUAGCUCUCACUUUCCUGCUAAAUACAGGCAGCGAUUUCAUUUGGGGAGAAUGUCACUCCUUGGUCUAAGUUCGAUUCUAAAAUUACAAAGUUAAUUGCUAAGGGAAAGGCCCUUGGUGCCUACAGAAAGGGGCUAGGUGGGUCCAUACCAGGGCGUGUCUGACUGGUUUGUAUCAGUACUGGGACAAGUGAGCUUAGCAGACAAGAUUACUUGCACCCAGACCAGUCUAGGUGGUCCAGGUCCAAUUAGAACCUACAGGAAGUUCAAAUCUUUUUUUUUUUUUUUAGUGUGGAAAAUAAGUAAUAAAAUGAAUGGUAAGAUGCUUCAUCAUCUGCAGUUACAUUUGUCCCACAGGUCCACUGCCACACCAGAAACGUUCAGUUCACUGAAAGCCUUCUAGAAUCUACUUUGGUGAAAAAUCUGUGUGCAGUUCAGGGUUUUGGGAGUGUGUUCAAUACUUUCACCUACUUUAUGGGGAAAUGUCACUUUGGUGGGAGAAACUGAGGGGCCUUUUUUAACUCAGGAAUUCCAGAGGUCUGGAGGUGGGGGGCACAGAAGGCUCUAGCUUGGCCUGUCACCAUCCUGGCACGUAGCCUGGAGGAUGGCUCCUGGCUGACCUGGGCUUGAGCUUCCCUCCAUCCUUGCUCCACCAGCCAUUUGCCAGCAUGAGGCCACUGUAAGGCAGGCAGGGAAGGUCCUACUUCAACCUGUCAGAGUGGAGUGGGAUCCCCAAGGGCUCCAGGCUAGCCCAGAGGGGUCCAGUGGAAGAGAAGCUGCAAUGGGGUGGGAGGGGGUGCCACCAUCUUCUGCCUGUGACACUGUCAUUGCUGCCUCCAGAAGGAGCUUGGCUCAUUGGCAGACCAGACUUGAUUCAACUUUGUGUUUUAGCUGUGGCUUCUGUAAACAGCCUAUAGUUGGAUUUUAUUUUUUAAUCCAGCUUGACAAAAUUUUUUGUUCCUUCAUUGGAGCCCUGAAUCCAUUUACAUGUAAUAAAAUCUCUAACAUUUGAAUUUGAAUGUACCAUUAUUUUCUCCUUAGGUUUAUCCCACUUGUUCUGGAGAUCCCCCCCUUUUUUUCUGCCUUCUGUUGUAUUGACAACGUUGUGGGUUUCGUU